UGCAGUUCCAAGACAUACCACUAGGAGGACACUUUAAGAUGCUUUAAAAAGGCAGAAAAGUGGAUUUGCCAUUUAGAUGCUAGACACUCUGCUGAUCAGCUUACUUUUCUUCUCUUGUAAAGAUAGUUCAAGGUGCAACUUUUCCUAGUGUAGGGCACAUUUUUUUUUCAUUUUAGAUACACAAAUAAUAGCCAGUUGUUGUUUUUUUAAGAAUAAUCACAAGGUUGAGUUUUUGGAGAUGGCCAACACAGGUUUACAGAUAUUAGGAUUUGCGUUGGCUAGUUUAGGCUGGAUUGGGUUUAUCGUCUGUACAGCUAUUCCUCAAUGGAAAAUGUCAUCUUUCUCUGGAGAUGCCAUCAUCACAGCCCAGGCCACCUAUGAAGGACUCUGGAUGUCAUGUGUUAUGCAGAGCACGGGACAGAUGCAAUGCAAGACCUUUGACUCAUUACUGAAAUUAGAUAGUAAGUAGAUUUAUUUAUUUAUUAAUAAAUAUGUUUAUGUAUUACUGUCGUAAUAAUAAAGGUAAAGAGAUUAUAUUAUUGUAUAUUCGACUUGUAAGGAAAUGAUCAUUAGGUAUGUAAAAUUGCAAGGAACAUAGGAUAUUAUUACUGUUAUAAAGAGAUAGCAAAAUGCACUGUAUAUUAUUAUUAUUAUUAUCAUUAUUUAUAAAGCGCCAACAAGGUCCAUAGCGCUGUACAAUGGGUGAACUAACAGACAAGUACUAUUUAUUAAGGUCUGAAAACAAAGCCCAGUUUAGUAAUGUUGCCUAUCACUGUUCACAAACGCCGUGAGAGUAUUGAUUCUGUGAUAUAAAUGUAUUAAACUUGUUCCAGUUUUUGGAGACCUGUGAUUGCAUGCUUAAUUUAAUUUUGCUCGAUAUUUGAUUCCAGACAAUAUACACAUUGACUGCUUAAUGUUUAGAGCCAAGCUCCAUAUAGCAUAUUAAACAUAAUCAUAUGUUUGUGUUUGGUUGCUUUAAACCAGGGGUGGCACUCCAGAUGUCUCCAGUUAUGCUCUUACGGACAUAAUGCUGGCAUAGCCUCAAGGGAGAUGUAGUCUACAACAGAUGGAGUGUUGAAGGUUUCCUACCUGUGCUUUAAACAGACAUUAGUAGAACAGUGCUAAAGUAUAUAUACAGUAUAAAAAUAACUACAGUUAACUAUUUUAUACGCCUUGAAUCCCAAGCGGUAAAACAGUACUAUUUGUCUCCAGCCCUCCAGCUGUUACUGGACUACAGAGAUAAUAGCAAUAUAGUGAGCACAGAUGCGGUACUUUAACAACUGUACUGCUCUUUAAAAGCCAUUAUCUAGCAUAGCAUCAUGAAAGAGCUGCAUACUUAAGCAUGUCUGAUCACAUCCUUGUUUUGCAUGAGUUUACAGUGCAUCAGUUAGAUUUCCUGAGAUCUGAAUUUUCCAGAAUAACGUAGGUGUGCACAGCACAUUGCAUUAGGGUGUGCACCCAGAGAAAAUUAUCUACAUUUUACUUAAAAUACUAAUUUAAAAACGAAUCAUUUUCUUUAGUGGUAAAAAGGUUUAUUUAGAGACAGUCAUGUUUCAUUUUCCUUCACAAAUAUAAAAAAAAUAAUUUAAAAAAAUACCCCAACUCUUGUAAAAGUGUCUGUAAAGAACUAAACAAGGGACGGAUGAGAUGACUUGACCCUCAUUUGGAUAUAAAUCGGUUAACCAGGCACACUCAAUGCUCUUUCAAAGACCAUUUAAGUAUUUUUUUUAGAAAUUUUAGAAAAAUAAAUGAACAAAUAACUGCUUGCAGUUUGAUAACUUAGUAGCUUAUAGAUUGGUAACUGAAAUGCAUAGUUGUCCUACUUACCCUUGUACUUAAAUGAGUAAAAAUUGGUGAAUCCCUUUAACAGCAUUAGAGAGUUAUACCAAGGUGCUUUAUUUUGAAAUGCUGUGCAAUCUAUUUACACUUGUUGAGUACUAGAAGGUCAUACGUUAAUCCUUGCGAUAUGUCUGUAGGUGCUUCACUGAACUGGUAAAUACAUAAUAAGAAAAUUAAAACAGGAUGUAUUUUAUUUAAGAAAAAUAAGACUCAGGCACAGUAACAUUAGUCAAUAACAAAUGCAGAUCGCAAGUAGGAUAUUUUAGCACAGGAUAACAAAGUUAAAAUCACUUGGGUAGAAAACGUAAGGCAGGUCACCCAUAAGUCAGAUUUCCUUUAUGUAAACAGUUCUAAGUGUAACACAUGAGUUCAUGUCAUGCGAGUACAGCAACAUGCACGUAAGAGCAAAACAGUCUGUUUAUGACCUGGGAUAAAUAUUUUGGUAAAUAACCAUUGUGUCUUUGGCCAGUGCUGUGCUUUGGAACCUGACAAUCCAUCAAGCUCAUAAAUAUCUUUCUAUAAUAUAUUUAUACUUACUUGAAAUAACACAUCCAUUCAAUGAAUAUAUGUAUCUUGUUAGAAAUAGCCUAAGCUACAGAUAACACUGACAUAUUCCUCAGUCUUGUAAAAUUUAGGGACACCUAAAAUUUACAUUUUUAAUCAUCUUUUCAGGAAAUAUUAGGGGUAUACAUUUUGCUUUCCAAAAAGUUUAUUUAUGUUAAUAUAGAAAAUCAAAUAUCACAGAUCAAACUAUAUUAAAUGAUAUAACAUGACAUUUAAAAAAAAAAAAAAAAUUCAAACAUCCUGCUAAUAGUUAAGUGUUCUUGCAUAUCAAGACCACUUAAUGUUAUCUCACAUAUAUAUUAUUAUUAUUAUUAUUAUUAUUAUUAUAGCCAAAUUUACCACCCUAACUCCUCCCACAGUUUUACACUACAUAGACAGUAAUAUACUGAAACGUGCGGAUUGUUCCCGAUCGGAUUGCUAUUACUUUGUGGAACGUUUCGCAGAAUGGUUCACGGAAUAUCGUCGUUCUUGUGACGAAAUUGGUCCCAUAGGAAUGAAUGGCAAAAUGUUCAAAACUAGAGUGGGAGCUGGCAAAAGCUGAAAAAUCAGGACAUGAUUUCUAAACUGCCACCACUCCCUCAUUUUCAAGCCCACCUACACAAAUCUUAUAUCAAAACAUUCAGCUAUCCCUGCUGCCACUAAGCCAUAGUCCUGAUAGUUUUCACAAAAUGACCAUUUGUUUGCAACUCACGCCGUCCAUUGACAUUCAUUGAAACUCUACAAAGCUCAAAUUCGAAGGGCAAUUUCUAAACUGCGACUGUGCCUUCAUUUCUAAUAUUUCAGAGACAUACUAUGCAUCAACAUGUAGGUCUGGGUCUUGUGAUUCUAACAAUAUAAAGCUCUUCGCUGAAGGAUCUAUAGUUUUUAAAAUACGACCGUUUGAAGAUGGCAACCGCCAAAAUACUCUGACCUGUGCCAGGCUGCAGCAGCAAGUGAUCUCAUAGACAGGGCCUUUUGUACAACUGCUAAUGUUUUUAUAAAUGUAUGUUUUAAUGUAACUGUGAAGCACUUUGGGCAACAACGUUGCAAUUAAAUGUGCUAUAUAAAUAAAUAAUAACAGUUACUCCACUCACUCCAGUUGUAGACUACUGGUGGAGGCAAGAACACUUCACACAAUUUCCCCAGAAAGUGUAGCUUUUCUAGUUACUUAAUAAUCUAGUAGCAUUUUUGGAAAUGGGAAUUCUCAAAAUGCCAGCCAAAUGUGGGUGUUUCAGCUCAAUUUACUAGAUCCUGCAGGCUUUUCAGGGGGCAUUAUAGAAACUUUACUCCAAAAUUGCAAAAUUCGAAUUUGAAUACUUUUGCUGCACGUUCUGGUUGGAACACUCCAUAGGAAACCACAGAAACCCUAACAUCAUUUAUUAUUCACUAGAUGACAGUAUGGUUUCACUGUCAAAAAAGCCUCUAAGUAUUCUAAAUGCUACACAUCCUGUCGACUCUCUGAGAGCCAAUCUUGUAUCUCCAAUGGAGUAACCAAAAAAUGUGGUUACUCCAUUUCAAAAUAUUCAAGAUCCCCAGGACCCCGAAAAGGACCAGAAGAGUUCCAGCACGUGGCCUGUACUCUUUAUCAAAUUUGGGCAGUGUGGUGGAGAGUAAUACAGGACGUAAGAGAUGCCCAGUUUCCUUGGCCAUAUGAAAAAAACUAAAACAAAUGUUGUCCAUCAUAAAAUCCUAACGCAAUAUAAUGCAAAAAAUGUAUACCACAAAUUAUAACUAAAUAACAUAUUUAUAUUUUAAAUCCUUGGGAAUUACAGUGUCUCCCUAUGAGUUCUUUCUGGGAAGAAAUGAAAUCUGUGAGCCAAUGUUAUCUGGGAGUGCUGGUUGAAUCCCAUAAACCCAUGUUGAGCAGGUGUUUAUAGGAUAAGUAGUUCAGUAUUUGGCAUCAGUUUUACUCUUGAAAACAUGUAAAUCACACUGCUGCCCAUAUGGAUAACCAAACAUCAUUACCAAUAGAUAUAUUCUUGAUUUUCACAGCUAGCUAUGAAAGAGUUUCUGAGAAAGGUGGACAUAUUCCAUACAAGUACUUGUAUAGCCUGGGGAAAUGAUGUAUUGUACAGGAAACCUCCCUCCACCAUGCUAACUUGGAGUCUUUCUUUGAGAUAAUUUGUUCUGGGAGGAACCUAUUUCUUAAACAUUACCCUGCCAUUAAUCAAUUUUUUUAAAUUACUUAUAUAGAAGAAUUUAGAGGGCAUUACGUUGGAAACCAACAGAAUGGAUACACUGAUCUCUCUACUUUUAGGAUUUUACAGAGUUAUUUACUAAAGUGAGAAUUCCAAGUGAAUUCAUAGUGAAUUUCAACUUUAAAAUAAAAUAAAAAAGUCAACUAUGUUUUCAGUUCAGCGACUCUGGCUUUAAAUUUAAAGUUCACUUUGAAUUCACCUGGAAUUCUCCCUUUCGUAAGUAACCUUGUUAGUCUUAGAAUAUUUCUGUAUAAAUAAAUCCUGUUUCAUUAAGGAAGGCUAAACACCUUACUGUUAGUAAGACAGUUAAUCAAGCUUGGUAAAACUAGUGUUUUCAUAUCAGACACUUGGUGUUUUUCAACACAAGGCUAAGAUAAUUAAGGUAGAUGUAAAUUUAUUAAAAGGUUCAGCUUGAGCGCACAAUACAAUUAUAUAUGAAAAUAAUUUCAAGCUUGCCGGAGACUGAGAUACUGUUUGUAACGAACAAGGGUAAUGUGUUGUUCUUUGCAGAAAGGAAAAUACAUGUGUCCUAUGGGAGUGUUGUCUUUGGAUAGCUUGAUGAUUGAAAACACAGUGGGGGCAAGGCUGUUUUAUAAAUAUAUCCAAGUAUUUGAAAGUUCAGAUAGCACUGUGCAUGCUAAACUCCUAUAUCGGUGAUACAAUGAAAGGUGUGACAUGGAAAUGAUACAUACUGUGUAUGUACACAGUGAUUUGAUGAAUAACCAAAGUAAGAAUGCUAAGUAAACUCAUACAAAUAUGUAUAACAAAACAAUUACAUAUGGUUGUAGAAUUGUUCUCUAUGAUCUUAUCUGGAUUUGACCCCAAUCUUUUGGCAAGGUCAUGGUUAUGGUGUGUGGACUGCUUUUUGGUCUUGUUGCGAACUCGCUCAUACUGAGUGUCCUUUGCCACCAAACACUCCAAAGAUCUGAUUAUCAGUUGCCCGUUGUCAAAGUCUAUACUAGAAGACUAGAAAGAGAGAAUUUAUUUAAGAAAUCAUGUAGAAUCUAAAGGAAUUUGAUAGAGAUGGACAAUUGAGAGCCAAUACAACAUCAAAAUCAAAAAUAACUAUUGAAACAAACACUUGGUGCUGGGACAUAUUGAAGCAGGACUUCUGGAUAUUGAAGCGACAAACUAUCUAAAAUGGAGCAGUCUCUCUGGAUGAAUGGAAGACAGGGCAGGAAGAUAAAGUAGAAAUGCCAAAGGCAGGUAGAGGGAAGCAAGACAAAAGGGAUUAGUUACAGCAGAUGGUUUAUAUAAACAAAGUACUACAACAGCCAGGGGGAAGCAGGAACAGAAAUACAAGCAACAUAGUAUAAGGAAACAUUCUAGCUAUAAGAAUAACACAAAUCACUAUCAAUAAUAAGAUAUAUUACAGUGAUAGUCUAGCACACAAUGCAAAUCAUAAUGUAUGCAGCAUCAGGCCGGAGAGAUAGUCCAAGCAGAGAACGGAUGUUCAUUUUACACCAUGCCAUUAGUGAUCCGUAGAAAAGUUUUAAUGUUUGUCGUUUUAGGAGCUGUUAAAGACAGAAACAUGGGUUUCAAUGCCAGUAUCAUAGGCACAGGCUACAUAUGUAUAGAAAAGCAAACGUUUACCACCAUAAAGAACUGAAGACUAGGUGGGCAAAAUGGUGGAAUCAAAAUCUAAAAUGGUCAGACUUUCUAGCUUUUAACUCAUCUCCAAAAGAUCUGUUUGACCAGGGUCCAGGGACUACUAUAGGUGGGGGGAGGAAACCCAGCUCAGAAUACAGAAUUAGAUAAAUCAAUUAGAAUUUAAACCAAUAAAAUGAAAUUAUGACUGUCGUGAUAAUGAUUGCUUUAUCAUGGUACUGAAAGUAUCAAAUUAAAAUUGCAUUCGCAAACUUCUUUUUUUCUGCUUUAUUCACAGUAUUAUUUUGUCCUAUAUAAUAUCUAGGAUCAUGGGAAAACAGAUCUUCUGGGAGAGUUUAAGCUAAAUAAGGAGCUCCUCUUGCUACACUUAGAACACAACGUAUGUUCAUUAUACUGUAUCUGUGUAAUUUGGAGAACACAUCCAUUGAUAGGUUGUACCAUGCAAUAGUCAGGUUUUUUGUUGUUGAAUGAUUCUUAAUAAUGUCUCACUUGUCUAAGAAUCUGUAUGCUGAAGGUCACUUUUUAGAAUAUGGAAAUUAUUAUGACAGUCUGCAGUGGAUCCACUGGCAAGCAGUGUAUUCUAAGUUUAUUGAUUUUUUGGAUGUCUGAUAUUUAUUGGCCUCCUUUUACUUGUAGUAGGGGAAUCCAAAGCAGGAUGAAGGGUGAGCAGUAUUUUGUCUGCAAUGAUAAACAGGAGCUCUAAGGAAAGAUAAUCACUAGAGAUCAAAUCCAGUAAAUGAAUGAAAUGUUUACACAUACAAUGACAAUGUAGCUGUUGUAUACAUGGAUUGUAUAAAUGUGUUAUGUUGUUUAUACAUGUUGGCCUUCCUAACAGCUCUUCCGUCAGGCUGCAUACUAGUACAAACAGGAUAUUUCAGCUUCUAAUUUGGGGUCAGGGAUCCACAAACUCUGGGAUCAGUGUAAGCAGCCCUAGAGAGCAUUUAGUUGCAAAAUGCUUCCCUCACUUCUUGAGUUAUCAGAACAUUCCCUUGAACAGAAACAAGCUGUGGCCAACUCUAUGUAUUGACUUUCUGGACAUGUGCAAUGCCUGUGAUCCAUCUCUGUUCCAUGUAUUUCCAACAAUAAGAGGAUAAGUAGAGCCUUUAUUUCUCAUGAUACUGACAAGGGAACAGAGAGAUGCUCUCUCUCAGUCUUCAUAGUUGAGGGAAACUUUCUUCUCUUGUAUCAUUCAACUUUUAUAAUGAAUAAAGCUUCUUAUAUGCAACUAAAAUAAAUGAUUAUAAAAUAUAAAGUCACAGAGUGAUUUUGUUCCCUCUGGAUGAGAAUGUGGAAAAUACUUAGAGUGGCACUGUCACUAUCUGGGGACUUGCAAAGACCCACAAUGGUGACAUCGCCGCAGUGAGAUUUAAAGACGAGAUUUAAUAACCUGAACCGGUCUUUCAUGGACGUGGCCAUUUUGAUCCGGCGGGUUCUCUUUGGAGCCGGUGUCACUACUGUACUCUCGCGCACAAGAUUACAAAAUUGAAGUCUAUAGAAAAUUCCCCAUGACAGCGGGAUCCUCUAUAUACACAGCCAGUUCCCUGCAGUUGUCACUGGUGAUGGCUGUUGGGAUUGACACUUAGACUUCUCCCUGAGUCCAAGAAAGCCAGGUGGAGGAGACAUACAGAGACAAAACAGUCCCUACUUUAUCUUGGUAUAUCUCUUAACUGUGUUAGAAUUUAAGUUAAAUUCCAACACAGUCAAAAUGAGUAUUUCAUGAAGAUUAUCUUUAUGAAAUAUUUGUUUUUCGGGUGGGGAAGGGGGCAGUGCUGCUUUAACAUGUCUAAUCAUAAACAGUCGAAGUGCAUUGAAGUCAAGAUCAGACCCGUCACAUCAGAGGCAUGCAUAUUUCUAUUAACUACCUAUCCCUCACGGUCUAAAAGAGAAACACUAAUAGCCAGACUCCAUAGUUAAAUUUGUAGUAAGUAGAAUAGACACGUAAAGAUCAUAGAAUGCACAGAGAUUUUUACAGCUUCCUAAUGUAAUUAUCUAAGUUUGUCAGUUUCUAAUACCCUUUGAAUCCAGUAUCAAGCACUGCAUAAACUAUUGUUACUCUGAAUGUUUUUGUAAAGUGAUCAAAAUAUACUAUCAGAAGUUGUUCAUUUAAACUCCUGUAACCAACAGCAGAGGAGUAUAAUUGUAUUCAAAAUGAAGGAGCAAAGUCCUAAAUGCAGAGCAAUCACAAGGAAGAUUAAUUUGAUUUCCAUAGUGACUGCCCCACUUUUGCUAUUUUUAAAACUUAGAAACCAGCUCACAAUUUCUUUAAAAAAAAAAAAAAAAAGCAUAAUGUAUUUUAUUCCUCUUUUAGAAUGGCCUGAUAGUCUUUCUAGGUUUUUUACCCCAACUACAUCCACUGGUAAUCCAUUCCAUGCGUGCACUACGUUACCAGCGCUUAUUAUAGCAGUAUUAUUUUUAUCAUUUCCAAGUUGUUUUAUACUACUCUGUUCUCAUGGGAACAAAUGCAUUUUGUAUGAAAUCAAAAUUUGUUUCCUCUGUAUUCAUCUAUCUGUUAAAAACAGCCUGGCAGCUUAUUAAUUGUGAACACAAGGCACAGCAUGUAGUCACAAUGGAAGGGUUGAAAUUGCCAUUUUCUUUAUUUUUUUGUCACUAAAUUGCAGAUAUUUUCAGAAAGGGUGAGUCAGAUCAUACAGCGAGAAGUGCUUUUGCUCACAGCAUUUUGGAUGAACUUACAAAGAAAACAUCGUAUCUGGUUCAGACUUGCUUACAUGAGAGACAUGCUGCUACUUUUUUUGUCCAAGUGCAGACUUGGCAAAGCCUUUAAACGAGGAGGUUUUCAAAGAUAUUAUUACAUGGUCACCUAAUCUGGGAUGGGAAGAAACAUAACAACAACACUCAGACUUCCCUUCACUGCUACUAUAAUAAUAGUGUUAUUGCCAAGCCAAAUACAUAGACCGUUUAUCCAUAAAAGUUUCAGAUCCAUUGCAGUCUACUAGCCAGAACUACAAAUCUAUUUUCAUGUUAUCAUUUUAAUCCAUUUGAUCCAUAUAGAUUGUUACAAAGCAUUUCUCAGAAUCAUGGUCUGAAUUCCAUAAGUGGCAUAAGUAAGCAGCAUUAUAUGGUUGGGCAUCUCAUUUACAUACUGAUGACAACGUCCUCAAGACUUAAAGGAACAAUAUAGGCACCCCACUCAGACCUCUUCACCUCAAUUAAAUGGUCUGGGUGCCAUCAUCCCCACCACCAUUUUAACCCUGCAACUGAAAAUGUUGCUAUUCUGCAUGAAUGGCAAUGUUUCCAUUUAAGGGUUUAAAUGCCUCUAGUGGCUGCAGCAUUGCCCACUAGUCUCUCAAAGCAUGGGAUUGGCUGAGAUCAUUGACUGUAGUGGUUAUGAUGUCAGAAGUACUCUGGCCCUGUUCCCUGGUAAUGGGGCAAACCAUUUAGCUACAGUUUGCCCUCUUACCAUGAUCUCCGCCUGGCUCUGAGGCUCCUAUCCUGCCAGGAGACAAUGCAAUUGCUGUCAGUGGUCCACGCUCAGCAAAUUAAUGGCAUGCCAUGUAUGAAAACUUGCACAGAAUUAGCAUUGGCAUUAGCAUUAGCAAAUUAGAAUAACCAUGUAAAUCUGUUUUUAUAAGCUUUGCAAUUAUAGCCCUUUCAAUUCUCCACAAUUCCCCCUUCAGUAAACACACUCUCAAUUAUCCAAGUUGUUUUAUUAGCCAUAUAUGUUUGUGUUUAAUGUAUUUUAAUACAUGUAUCACUCUCUUUGGAGCAGUAAUUAUAUGUAAAGUAAACAAUCAUUUUUUUUUUUAAAUGAGCACAUAUAAAAGAUGUAUUAAAAUGGAAAAGACAAUACCACUAAAUUAAUUUUACUUUCCAAAAUCCAUACUUAAAAAACAAGGUCAGAAAUACACUGACUAUUUGAUAUUGAAUAAGGUUCUGGGCACAAAUUUCAAUUUUAUGGAGACCUCUUAAUAAUUUAUUGAUAUGAAAAUUUCUACUUUAAAUUUACAGCUACAAUGCAGGCCACACGAGCACUGAUGAUCUGUGGGAUUCUUGCUGGUUUCUUCGCAAUUUGCAUUGGUGCAGUCGGGAUGAAAUGCUUGACGUGUAUGCAAGAUGAUGAAGUGAAAAAGGCUAAGGUUGGCAUAGUAGGAGGCAUUCUCUUCAUUAUUGCCGGUAAGUGUAAGAUUUAUUCAUUUUUCUUAAAUGUUGUUUUUUAAUAUCUCAAGUUUACAAUGUAUCAGCUCAUCCAUAUGGACUUUUGGGCAUGUUAUAAUGUAGCUUUAAAAAAUAAGUCAGAUAGGGACUAAAUACAAAAGUUCAAUAAUUCAUUUAAGAUUUUUAAAGCAACCCAAGUACUUUUAAUUACAUGAGGAUAAUAUGAAAUCUUGAUGUAGAAUGAUGUAGAAUGAUGUAAAGAAUGAGUCAUGUAUAAUGAUCUAAAGAACCAUGCCAGGAAACUUGUGGCUGCUUAAAGGAAAACUAUAGGGUCAGUAGUACAAAUGUGUAUUCCUGACACGAUAAUGUUAAAAACACUAUUUAGGUGGCGGGCCCCUCCUGCCCCAUAUAAUAAGUUAAAAACUCACCUUUAGUACAGCGUCGUGCAAGUCUGCCGGCGCUGGCCUAGCCCCCAAUCUGACUUAUUGGCUGAGAUCAUCAGAACUGACAAUCUCAGCCAAUCCAAUACUUUCCCAUAGGAAAGCAUUAGAUUGGCUGAGACAGUCAAUUUUGAUGAUCUCAGCCAAGGAGGCAGGGCAUAGGCCGAGCCAUGUACCACACUGGCCAAUCAGCAUCUCUUCAUAGAGAUGCAUUGAUUUAAUGCAUCUCUAUGGGGAAAGUUCAGCCGUGAAGAUGCCAUACAUUAGUGCUGCAUGUUGUGUAUUCCAUUUUGAGACAUAAUUCUUAAAUAUACAUUAUAAGCAAUAUAUGUAAUUCAAUCAUGCUUUCUCAGUGGUCUUUAAACAUAUAUUUAUCCAAUUUAUCUCCAUUGAAUUACUUACCUCUGGCUUUUGAAAGGUUAAUCAUCUUUUAAUGUCCUUGAUUUGAAAAUAACUUGCUUGAACACAGGAAAUGAGUUAAUCAAUCAGUCAUGUUAUUUAGCACUACUGUUAUCAGACCAGAUUAUCUUUAAAAUGUGACCUGAUUAGGCUAGCAUGACAAUUUUAGUUCUUACCUUCUGCAAUCUGCAAGUCUAAUUUGCUGAAUGGUUAUUGUCUCAUAACUGCAGUCUUUGCAGCAUGAUGAUAAUUUGUGUACCUUUGUUUUGAAGAUUGAUAGCACCUGUGCCAUUGAGCUUGCAAUUUAGUUGAAUGGGUAAACCAAAACAACAACAGAACAGUCUAAAGCAAUGUUGCCUAUAUGUUUCAAUAGUAUGAUCAUACACAAUAUAUAUGUUAUGCUCACUUUGCCAUAGCCACUGUGGACGUUUUAUGGACGAUGUGACUAAAACGAUGCAUCUGGAUUAUCUGUCUGCUUGACAAACCUGGUUUACAGGUCGAACUAUUUUACUAUCGGUUACUAAUGUAGGUAAAGGAAGCAUAUAUUGUUUGCACAUCAGCAAUGAAUGCUGUUAGUUGAUGUAUCACAUCCUAUGUCUCAUAUUAAAUAAAUUCGAAAAUAAUACAUCAUAAAAUAAGUUGGGAAUAUUGCAACCUAUAUUUCUUGUUACACCAGCCUUAUAAUAUAUAUGUGCAUUGUAAUAUGCUUUCGUUUAAUUUUUAGGUCUCUGUGUAUUGAUCGCAACAUCCUGGUACGGAAACAAAAUAGCAAAGGAUUUCUACAAUGCAUUCACACCCAGCAAUUCCAAGUAAGUGUCACUUUUAGAAUGAAAGUUGUUACUUUUUUUCACUGUACAAAAAUGAAGAUGAAUGCUUUUAUUUUACAUUUAUUGCAUUUUAAAAUUCCAUCGUCAUGGUGAUAGAGAUGGAAAUCUAAGUUAGGGAGAAGGCAAUUGAAAUCCUACUUCAAACAAAUGUUGGAGGAAGCACGGAAUAAUUUACUUAAAAUAGAUGGUGGUAGAUUAGAUAAAAUAUCAUGUCCAUGUUUGUAGUAAGGUCCUCAGAUUGCAUGUUGCAUUUUCAAUAUUAACUCUCUAGGGUGUUGUCAGGUUUAGCAGAGUUUGACAAUAAUUUGGUGCUACUGAAUUAACAUGGUGUUUCUAUAGAGUUCAAAACAGAAGUGACAAUUAAAGUCAACUGGAAUUGCUAUUUGGAACUCUGAGCAGUGUUUGUGCAACUAAGUAAACGGCUGACUUGUAGAAUCAUAUAAUAUAAUUAAAGGGACAAAAUAACUUUAGCCUAGUCACACAUACCUGUAUGUGACUUAUACAUCCUCUCUAAAUACUUCCUGUAUGGAGUUCUCUAAUGUUUACACUUCCUUUAUUCCAAAUUCUAUUUAAUUUAGAAUUUCUUAUCUCCCGCAUUGUUAAUAACUUGCUAGACCCUGCAAGAGCCCUCUGUACACAAUUAAGGCUCAAUUUACAGAGCAGGAGAUAAAAACUUUUAAAAUGAAACCAUGUUUUCAUGAGGUCUGUGUGUGUGACAACCAGGGGAGGUCUUGCUAGGGCUGCAUACACAGAAACAAAAGUGAUUUAACAGAGAAUUGAGCAGUGAGACUUUAGUUUCAUAGUCUAUACACAAAAACUGCUUAAUUAAGCUAAAGUUGUUUUGGUGACUACAGUGUCCCUUUAACCCCUUAAGGACACAUGACAUGUGUGACAUGUCAUGAUUCCCUUUUAUUACAGAAGUUUGGUGCUUAAGGGGUUAAUGAGUAUUUAAAAGCAAUACAUCCCUUCUAAUCACAAAGCUGAAUACAUUCAAUGUUAUAGGUAAGGAUCCAAUAUUGAAAGGUGUUGUGGGAUGUGUUUUGAGACCUUCUAUAUAAUAGACAGGUGGACGGGUGGGAAGACAGAAACGCAGGUCAGACUGAGAGAAAAACAUACAUUUCUAAAUAAAAUAUGUGGACAUAAAUGGGAAAUGGAGAUCCCAAAAAUAUUUAUGGAUGGAUGGAUUGUUGGACAGAUCAAUGAAUGAAUGCGGGUAUGGGUUUUACAAAAAAUGCAAAGCUGCAAUUGUAAAUUGUUGGAUAUCUGAAAACAAAACAGAAUUCUUUUUAAACAUACUUGUAAUUAUACAUUUUACUGCUCAAGGUUUACAGAGAUCAGAGCUUUGAUAUUUUUUUAUAGAAAUCACAAAAUAAUUGACGCUAUCCAGCAAUUAGUUCUGAGCACCUUCAUAGUAACUGCUACAGGACUGCCCCCUGCCUUCCAUUUUUUUCUCCACUCAGUGUUAGUCUUAUACUAAAUUGCACUUCUGGUAAUUAGAAUAUUUAUUUAAAGUCCUAUUUCUCAUGAUAAAAGAUUUGUUUAUUUUAGGGAAAUGUGCUAAAUAAGACCACCAUGAAAACUAAUAGAUUGUUUCAAAAUGUUUAGCACAUUGUCUCAGAGUACUUAUUAUGCCAUGAUAAAUAUUGCCCAUAAUGUUACUUAGCUCUCGUCCAUCAAAUUUGGUCUAUUAUUUUUACAUUUCUUUCCACAAUAUACUACUUUUUCCUAACCAUUUUUUUCUGUUCUCUAGGUAUGAGUUUGGCCCAGCUCUUUUUAUUGGGUGGGCUGGCGCAGCAAUGGCUAUUUUGGGGGGUGCCAUGUUGUGCUGCUCCUGCCCUAGAAAUGAGACAUCCUACCCACCACCCAGAAGCUAUAACAAGAAUGCACCUUCUACAGGGAAAGACUACGUGUAAAAGAAUACCAGAGGAAAACAGAGCAAAAUCACUGCCAUUCAGACUCUUUACUAUUUGCCACAGUAAAAAUGGUCCUCAGAUCCAUUUAUUUCUUUCUACGGCAAAACAGGGAUCCGGUAAAACCUUUUGAUGUGGCAGUAGUACUAAUUCCCUCUAGCAAGAAACCAAACCAAUGGCAGUGAUAUGUUUAAACAGGUGGCCAUGGUGAAAGGUCUAAAAUAUGCUGUUAAAUGAAACAAUUGUAAACAGGAAAUAAAUUUGUAUCUGUUCCUAUGCGUAAGUGUUUGCAUACAUAUAGAAAGUUAAAACUCAAUACACACUGUGAACAAGGUCAAGAAUCAGAGAAAAACCAUGCAUGUUUCCAAAUAUAUAUAAGUAUACAUAUAUAUAUAAACAGUAAAUUCUUGAAAGGAAGAACCCCUCUUAACAAAGGAUAAAGAGUACAGCGUUAAAUAAACAGAAUUCAGAGCAAUGGUUUACAAGAAGGAAAAACUGGAUGCCUAACAUUUGAGACAUUCAUUUGUUUUGUAACCUAAAUGCCAAAGUAACAGGCUGUGUACUUGUUAAAACUGAAGCGCUUUAGUUGAAAUAUUGAUGUCACAUUAUAAAGUAUUUAGUGCGUAAUUGUUAAAAAGUGUGUGAAUGUUAACCGACUGUUAACUAAGCUGGCAAACACUUUAAAUGGUCAGCAGGUCCGAGCCGCCGCAACAUAUUAUAAAUCUCUUCCACUGUUCUGAUUUUUAUACUAAAACAGGAAAUCCUUUAAAAACUGAACCGCUGUUCUGUUGUAUGGGAGUGAUAAAAUGAAACAAAGAAUAUUUUCACAGAGUUAAAUUAUUAACAUAGAGAUGAGGCAGAAUGUAUUGGUCAUUUCAAUAUUAAAUGAAAGCUAGAAUUGUUUCCUUGUAUAGCCAGACAUUCGAUAAUUACAGAUCUUCAAAAGCCAUUGAUUUAACAUGUUGGCUAAAGAGUGAAGCACAGCUUACUUUACAUUGAUGGAGCAUUUAUUGACCGUAGAUGUUUGCUUGUAGCAUAGGGUAUCAAGUAAAAACCAUUAUUCCCUAAUCCAGUGGUUCCAAAUCCUGUCCUCAAGGCACCUUCACAGGUGCGACUUUUUAGCAUUUUAUUCUUAUAAGAAUGCUGACAAAAACCCAGACUGCUAAUUUCCCUUGAAGAUUAAGAAUAAAAGACUAAAUAGUAGCUGGUGACAAGUCACAAUAAGCUUUAAAAAAUGAGCUAAAGUAACCAAGUUAGAAAAAAAAAAUCCAACUCAAUUGCAUUUUAGAUUUUUCUAGAUUUUGCACACUUAACUUUUUAUGUUUGUUUUUUAUGCAAAAUCUCUCUCUGUUUAGUGAAUAACCCCAAGUAUUUUAUAGGUUGAAAUGUUAUUACAGGCACACAUGGCUGUAAAUAAUAAGAGGGUUUACAAAAACAAAAUAGCAAUGAUACAGUAUAACAAGUACAUUAUGUUCCCUUUUCAAUUUAUCUUUCUGCUCAUUACAAUGUAAAUUGAUAUAUUUUGCCGUUCUGUAUAUGCAUUCAUUUUACCUGAUGAAUAUGGUGUUUAUCCCAAUAUAUCACUGUGCAAUGAACCAGUUUGUAUGGAUUUUUUUUUUUACAGAUACUUUUCAAUAAAUACAGUUUUUACAAAAAUCAUC